CUCGUUUAUCACCAUUCCAAGAGAAAUCUAAGACCGUUGGCGCCUUGUUUGUCACAGGCUCUUCGAUUCGAUCGCGUUUCUUUUCAAUUUUUCAUCAUUAACCUUAAUCUCCCUCGGUUCGGGAGUUCAAGGCUUCGUUUCGGUGUUACUGCACAGUGUUUCUACUUGUUUUCGUAUGACCAAGUGUUACUCGACAUUCGUCGUUGCCUGCGGACUACCGUAAGUCUGUUUCGCCGUCAACAGGGUGACGGACGGAGUGAAAACAAGUUAUUAAGAGAAUCGACAGCGGCCGAGCGAUCCCGAUGGCUGUCAGCACACUCAACAUGGCUCCUUACUUCACUGGAUACCCCUACCAAGGACAAGGGCGCCUCAACCAACUCGGCGGGGUCUUCAUCAACGGACGACCACUGCCCAACCAUACGCGACGACAGAUCGUCGAGUUGGCUGCAUCCGGUGUCAGACCUUGCGUCAUAUCCCGACAACUGAGGGUCUCUCACGGUUGUGUCUCCAAAAUAUUGAAUCGCUAUCAAGAAACCGGCUCGAUAAGACCCGGGGUUAUCGGAGGCAGUAAACCAAGGGUCGCGACUCCUGAGGUCGAGGCCAGAAUCGAGAAACUCAAGAGACAGAAUCCCGGGAUUUUCACCUGGGAAAUAAGGAAGAAAUUACUGCAGCAGGACGGUGUCUGCGACAAAUCAUCGGCGCCUUCAGCAUCGAGCAUAUCGAGACUUCUCCGGGGCCCGAGCAACAGUCAGACCCGGGGCUGCGACGACCCGCGACGCAACCAUUCGAUCGAUGGAAUUCUCGGAGGCAGCGUUGGAAGCGGUGGUGACGAGUCGGACACCGACAGCGAGCCCGGAUACGCCCUCAAGAGGAAACAACGCCGGAGUCGUACGACCUUCACGGGCGAACAAUUGGAACAAUUAGAAGCUGCUUUCCAAAGCACGCAGUAUCCGGACGUCUAUACCAGAGAAGAAUUAGCACAAAAAACUAAAUUGACCGAAGCCAGAGUUCAAGUGUGGUUCAGCAACAGACGUGCGAGGCUGCGAAAGCAAUUGAACAGCCAGCAACUGAACGCGUUCAGCCUUCAGACCUUCCCGAAUCAGCAUUACAGCAGCGCCGCCACUGAAAGCUACCAAAGUUACGGUCAGACGGGAGUUUCGGCUGCCGCUGCCGCGACGACCACGGCUUAUCCGCAACACUACAAUUACGCGAGUGACAAUUAUUACGCUGCUCAGCAACAAUGGCCACGCGCAACUCCGGAUAACUACGGGCUUUUCAACGCAUCGCAUUACGGAGGAACGAAUCUGGGCUCGAACCUUUCCUCGAGCAACUUGAGUCUCGGUGGAUUGGGAGGAAGUUCGAGUCCGACGGGAUCGAACAUGAGUGCGUGCAUGGUCCAGGGUGGGGGAUCCGGGAUAUCUCCAUCGGGAAUGGGUCACCACGUGACGCCUCACAGUCCGAGCGAAGCGAAGAGCGGUUACCCUUAUCUCGGUGGAAUUGAUUCCCAGGUCUGUGGAAGAAUGCACUGAGAGGAAAUUCACCGUUUCCCAACGUUCCGUGGAUGAUGUCGUCGAAGUUUCAAUUCAACCGCCUCAAACGCUGCUUCCGCCUGAAAAAAAAAAAAAAUAAAAAAAAAAUAUGUAAAAAAAGCAAAAACGAAUGAAAAAUCAUCGAGGCAUCAAAUUGUUGAUUUCGUCGACAAAAACUCGACCCAGUGACGUCGAUCAUUCUUGACGUAUGUUCAUAUGCACAGUGCCUUAAUGUUGAUUGCCUUUGGUCGCCUUAAUUGUUAUGUAGUACGUAUAUAUGAAUAUUUAUAUACCGCACAAUCCACAUAUCGAGCAAAUUCUGCACACAACUAAUAAUGUACCUAGUUAAUGUUAAGUGCGAAGAAAAAAAACAGUUUCCCAGUUUCUCUGUAAAUAGAAUAGAAACGAAAAGGUUUUUAGUAUUGAUAAGAAAAACAAAAACAACACGGACAAAAGGAAACUUUGGAAAAAUUGAGUAGUCGCUCGCUACGUCUCCUUGUGAUUAUUGAUUAUAUAUCUGUCUAUUUAAUUGGCCAGUCAUUAUGAUGAUAUUGUACAUAUAAAAUCAGCCUAACCAAUUUUCCUUUGUCAAUGGUGCUUGCAAUCGUUUUUUCCCUGAUGCAUUUGAUAUAUAGAUAUA